UAGCCCCCAGGGCCCCACCUGGGACUCUCAUCAGCGACAUAUCCAACCCUGCCGAUUACCGCAAAACAAUCUCCAUUCAACGCCAGCAGCCGCAGCGGCGAAGAAACGAAGAGCAAAACCCCAGCGAACGAGCGAACGAACGAACGACGUCUGAACUGGACAAAGACUGAAGUGAAGCAAAACCCUAGCGAUCUAAACAGAGAAAAAGGGAAAAUGGAGAGAUCGCGGUCGAAGAGGAGCUACCAUUACGACCCGGACUCCAACUCCCAAAGUCCUCCCCACCGCUCCAAGCCCCGCUACGACGGCGGCCACCACCGCCGGGGCAACCACCACCGCCGGGGUGGAGACCGCCGCGCCCCGCCACCUCCCCCUCCCCCUCCCCCGCCACCGGCGACGGGGGCGGCGGCGGCGCUGCCCUCCUCCUCCUCUGCCUCCUCCCCCAAGAUCCAGGAAGGCGCGGCGCCACCCAGCGCGGUCACCACCUUUUUCCGCAUUCUGUGCCCCGACUCGAAGGUCGGCGGUGUGAUCGGCAAGUCCGGGAGCAUCAUCAAGACUUUCCGGCAGGAGACUGGCGCGUGGAUCAACGUCCAUCCGCUGGUCCCCGGCGACGACGAGCGGAUCAUCGAGGCGGCGGACAACCGCCGCCGGGAGCCCGACGGCCGACCCCCGCAGUACUCCCCUGCCCAGGAGGCCCUGGUGCUGAUUCACGAGCGGAUCGUGGAUGCGGAGUUCGAGUAUAGCGGCGGCGGGGACGAGGAGGACGAGUAUAGCGGUGGCGGCAGUGGUGGAGGCGGAGGAGGGUGGGGCGGUGGAGGAGGAGAGAGGCGAAGGGAUAGGGCGCGGGUAACGACGAGGCUGGUGGUGCCGAGGACACACGUCGGGUGCUUGCUGGGGAGGGGAGGGAAGAUCAUUGAGCAGAUGAGGAUCGAGACCAAGACCCACAUCCGAAUCUUGCCGCGGGAUCAGUACACUCCUCAGUGCGUCUCGACUUCGGAGGAAGUCGUUCAGGUUGUUGGAGAAGGCAAUUGUGUGAAGAAAGCUGUUGCAAUCAUCUCAUCUCGUUUAAAGGAGAGCUUGCAUCGUGAUCGUGGAGCUUUUCGUGGGCGAUUACAUUCACCAGACCAUUACAUUCCCCCUGAUGAUGAGUUCGCCAACAGUACACAACAUCCGUUGGCGGUGGAAGAAUCUGACUUGGGACCACGAUCUACUGUGGGUCAAAAUAGAGCUAGAAUCAAUUCAUAUAGUUCAGACCCAUCUGGAUAUGCAUUUGAUUCUGAUGGAAAUACUCUGAAUGAUCACUCACAGUCAUUAUCCUAUGAGGACCUUGUGUUUCGAAUUCUUUGCCCCAAUGAUAAAGUUGAGAGUGUUAUGGGAGCACCAAAUGGAAUUAUUGAAAUGCUCCGAGCUGAUAUAGGUGUGGAUGUGCAGGUUCCUGAUCCUGUACCAGGUUCUGAUGAAAGAAUCAUUAUCAUCACUUCUGAAGAGGGUCCGGAUGAUGAUCUUUUUCCAGCUCAGGAAGCUUUGUUGCAUAUUCAGACUCACAUUGUAGACCUCGGUCCUGACAAGGACAACAUCAUAACAACAAGGCUUCUCGUUCCAGACACUGAAAUUGCAUGUUUGGAGGGGAAGGAUGGAUCAUUAUCCGAUAUACAAAAAAUGACUAAUGCCAAUGUACAGAUCUUACCCAAAGAGGAUCUUCCACCCUGUGCAUUGGAGGCUGAUGAACUUGUACAGAUUGUUGGGGAGAUCAGAGCAGCUCGGAAUGCUCUAGUCUAUGUUACUGCAAAGUUGCGGAGUUAUUUGUAUCGUGACACCUCUGCACCAAAGGAUAUGCUUCCACCAUCUAUUGCUGCCCCAAGCCAUGUUGGUAGCAUUGCUGGGCAUGAAUCUGGCUCUCCUAUUAAAGCUUCAACCCGUGAAGCUUAUCCAGGAAGUGAUCCUCCCAUUGCAAUCUAUCAAAACAUGCAUACUGCAACAACUGCAUGGCAACCAAAGGACACUGGAGGAUGUGCAAGUGGAUCGUUUGAGCAGGAAGAGAGCAAUGUUAAUGAUGAAGGGAGGCAGAGUGGUGUGAAAAGACUCAAUGUACCACUAAUCACCAGAAGCACACUGGAAGUUAUAAUACCGAGACAGGCAGUUCCAAGCCUAAUAUUGAGAUCAGGAAGCAAGCUUGCUCAGAUCAGUGAGAUGUCUGGAGCGACUGUCACCCUUAUUGAAGAUAGAUCUGAAUUGGCUGAAAAGGUUGUUCAAAUAUCAGGAAGUCCAGAGCAGGCUGAGAGAGCCCAGAGCCUGCUCCAGGGAUUUAUACUAAGUACACAAGAUGACAUUCCUUCGAGCUAAUCCAAAGUACUGCUAUGCUGAAGCUCACUCCUUGCAGAGCAACAAUACCUUUUUUUGGUGCUUCUCACUUGUUGUUUUCUGGACCCUUUACUGAAAGAAUGAAUGGAAAGUUUUCCAAGACUUGUAAAAAGGUACUGGCUGCAUCCUUCGCCAAUUGCAUCAUCUCAUCUCUCCAGAUUGUGCCCUUGAACUCACGAGGGGCUGGCUGCCCAAAAUCUAUGUGGGCCCUUUUUUUUUUAUCUAGGCCAAAUCAACCCCAAACAACAAUGGCUUUCAUGCAUUGGACGCUCCAAAUAUGACUACGGAGAACGGUGUUUCAUAAGAAUCAGAGUUGAACCAAUUGAUGUUACUCAUUUCAUGCAUUGAUGUGUAACAAAAAGGUGCCCAGACAUAAAAAGGCGCAUAUAAACCAUCAGUUCUCUGGCUGGCCACAUCAGUAGGCAGUGACAUGUUAGUUUGGUGCUUCACGUAGUAUUUUAUGCGCAGCAGAUUGGAGCUCCUAACAGGUCACGUGUUUUGGAAUCCUAAGUUGGGAGAUGUAUUUUUAUCAAUUUGUCAUGUAUCAGAUCUUGAAUUGAUUAAGCUGCUUCAAAUCAUGGCUCAUUGUGGGGAGUUUCUUGCU